AUGUGCAAGUCCAGCUCAGACGCACUGGCACCCACUGCGUCUCGCCGCCGUUCACGCUCUUCCUCCUCCGCCGCCACCGCCGCCGCAUCCUUCUCCGCCGCCGCGCCCUCCACCUCGUCCGGACCCGACCGUCACACCACCAACACCAACACCAGCAACACCACCACCUCGUCGACCUCCUCCAGGUCCAGCCGCUCGAGCCUGGCCGCGGCCCGCGCGUCCCUGCCGCCCCCGCCGCUCCUCUACCCCUUCCACGAGCUCACCGCCGCCACCAACGGCUUCCUCGCCAAGCGCGACGCCUCCUCCACCUACUGGCGCUGCUCCCUCCGCGGCCGCGACGCCGCGCUCUUCCAGCUCCGCGCGCUCCCGGGCCUCACCCGCGCCGACGCCUCCGCCGCGCUCGCACGCACCGCCCGGUACCACCACGCCAGCCUCGCCCCGCUGCUCGGCGCCUGCCUCGCCGGCCCCCACGUCUACCUCGCCUACAGCCACCCGCCCGCCGCCGCCUCGCUCGCCGCCUGCCUCCUCCGCGCCGGCCCCGCCAGCAGCAUUCUCGGCACGUGGCUCUCCCGCGUCCAGGUCGCCGCCGACGUCGCCCAGGGCCUCGACUACGUCCACACCCACGCCGACGCCGUCCACGGCCGCGUCUCCCCCUCCACCGUCCUCCUCGUCCCCGACCCGGACGGCCUGCGCGCCAGCCUCACCCACUUCGGCGCCGACCAGUUCGCCCAGCCCGACGCCGCCGCCGCCCAGUCGGACUCGGACGUGCACGCGUUCGGGCUGCUGCUGCUGCAGCUGCUCUCCGGGGAGGCCGAGGCGUCCAGGUUCCGCUUCGACAGGGCCACCAAGGAGUUCGCGACCGUGUCGGUGCUGGACACGGCGGCGGAGGCGCUGGCGACGGGGCGCGUCAGGACCUGGGUCGACAGGAGGCUCGGGGACUCGUUCCCCGUCGCGGCCGCCGAGAAGCUGCUGGAGGUGGGGCUCCGGUGCGCGUCGCCGGAGGACAGGCCGCCGCCGGAGAUGCCGUGGGUGGCCGGGAAAGUGUCCAAGGCGUACGUCGAGUCCCGCGCGUGGGCGCGGCAGCUGCAGCACUCGGACGGCCUCUCCUCCGUCUCGGUGGCACCUCGAUAGCUGCAAAACUUACAUUGUUUUUACCACUGGCAACUUGCCACGUGGACACGCGAUUAGGAGGAAAUUGCCAUCUGACCAUCACCUCGGAAAUUCAGUUA